AGGGAAAAAGAUGGCUGCUCCGGCGGCAACGGCGAGUUGUCCCCCUGCCCUGUGUCCCAAUUACGCCGUCAUUUGCUCCUUCCUUGAGCGCUACGGAGCACAGCUGGACCUGCCGGAGCUCACCUUCCCGCAGCUGGAGCGAUACCUGCGGGACACAUCCUCAGUUCCUAAGUUGCUUGUUGAUCUUCACGUCAAGUUGCUGAGGAAAAUCGGGAAGUCGGUGUCAGCGGACAGAUGGGAAAAGAAUCUAGUCAAGAUAUGCCAGGAGUUCAACACGGCUUGGGCGUGGGAGCUUGAAGAAAAAGGCUACAAGAGCAUGACAUUGGACAGCAAGACGGCCAUCCUUAAAUAUCUGUGCGAGUGUCAAUUUGACGACAACCUGAAGUUCAAGAAUGCCAUCAACGAGGAGGAGGCGGACAAGAUGCGUCUGCAGCCCAUCGGCCGUGACAAGGACGGCCAGAUGUACUGGUUCCAGCUGGACCAGGAUAACAAUGUCCGCCUCUACGUGGAGGAGCAGGACGACCUGGACGGCGCCUCGUGGAAGUGCAUCGCCCGAGAUCGCAACGACUUGGCGCAAGUGGUGGCUCUGCUAAAGACCCACAUCGAUCCCGAGCUCUUGAAGAGAGACGCCAAAAGUGAAGAGGAUAAAGCAGGUGAAGUAAAGAAAGAUGAGAGCUCAUCAGAUGAGGACAGCAAAGACUCCACCAAGGGGGCCUUCCGGUUGUCACCGAAAACAGAGAGUAAUGGAAAAGUGGAUCACACAGAUGAGUUCAAAUCAGAAACAUCUGAGCUAAAAUCAUCAGUAAACGGCAUAGCGGAAGCUGUGUUCGAAAAGCCGGCGGAUCACAGCGUAGUAAACAAAGUCCAGGUCAUAAAAGAAGAGCCGAUGGACACGUCUGACGCCAAGCUGGAGAUGCAGGGCGAGGACCCUGCUCCAAAGUCCUCCCCAGAGGAGUCCAGGAGGAACAAUGUGGACGAGAUCCAGCAGAUGAAGAACGAGCAGCAGGCCAAGAUCCCUCUUAAGAAAAGAGGUAUGAAGUUCACACCUGUGUCUCAGCUCAAGGACGACGCCAAAACCAAUAACUUGUCCGAACAGAAACGCAGUGGAAGCGAACAUGUCAACGGUGAAGUGGAGCCCACAUCAGAGGUGCGUCUCCAGCCUCAUUUGAGUGAAAAUGAAUCAGCUUCCACAAAGGAACAAAUGGAACCUUGCCGUCUGGUAAACAUCACAAUCACGCCGGUAGACAAGGAAAAUAUUGUAGCAACAGAGAAGGAGGCAAAAUCUUGUUCUAAGGAAGCUGAUGACAAUUCGUCGUCCAAUCACGAACAAGACAGGAAUUUAAAAGAGCCUAAGCCAACAGACAUCAUGGAUAUGUCAGAGAAAACAGAAAAAUCAAAUCAUGAGGUCACAGCCAAAGCCCACAACUUAGAAAAAACAAAGGGAAAACCGGACCAUGUCUGCCCAUCAACUGAAGAAACGAUGAAAUCAGAGAUGAUGUUAAGGAGUGUGAUGGAAAAGCACACGAGCGAGAGCGAAAUUGAUCGGUCGCCGGCAGCUAAGGAAGUAUCACACAAGAACAAAGCUGUGACCAAAAAUGAAGAGGAACAACAAGACGACAUAGGGAGCAAAGAGGUGGCGCAAAACCUGACUGUUAUUAAAAAGGCGGAUAAGCCAACAAGCCAUAAAUCGCAAGACUCGUCUACGUCGUCCAUAAUCAAAAAGAUGCACAUGGUUGAGUUGUGUCAGGAGAUGACCACUAGCGAAGGUGCGAAAGCUAAUGGAACUUCAGUGUCUAACUCCGAAAAGCCAAAAAAGUCGGAAGCCAGUAAAGGCGACCAGUGUCGUGAUGAUGCCAAGAUAAGCGACCCGCCCUCCAAAACCACAGAAGUAGUUGUGACUACUGCCAAAUCCGACUUGGAAAAAUCACGACAGGAUGACCAACCCAAAAUGGUUCCGUCUAAAACGCCCCAAAGCACAGUUGCCAUAGAACCGGACUUUGUACAGGAACCCGCUGACAAAAUGGGGGUGGCGCAGCCGUCGGCUGAAAACAAAAAGGAUGACUAUGUCAAUGAGAAGCUUGAAUUUCCAGAGGGCAAAAGCCAAAGGGAAUCUACAAGGGAUAACCUUUCCAGAAGCAAUAAAGCAACAGAGGAAGAUGCCCCUAAUAAAUUCAAAUUGUUAAAAAACAGUGGGGAAAACGCAACAGAAGAAAGAGUCAACAAAACUCUUGCACCUAAAAGCAAAAACGAAGACGACAAGUCCAAAAACGAGGUGACAAAGAGCAACCAAGCUCUGCCAGACGUCAAGUUUAAAUGUCAAGAAAGCACCAAGGAAUCCACAAGGGAUCGACUCACCAAUAGCAACAAAAACACAGAGAAAGAUGCUGCUGAUGGAUCUAAAAUGGUAAAACCCGGUGACCAAAAGGCAACAGAUGAACAUGACGACAGUGUUCUGACAAAAACUGAACGAUCGGAAGACAUGAGCAAGAGCAAAGAACAGGUUGCUGGUGAGGUGACCCAAAGCAAAAACGGGGAAGAUUCUAACAAAAAAGCAAAGAGCAGCAGCAAAAUUCCACCAGAUGGAAAACUUCAAUGUCAAAAAGAUUCCAAAACCGAAAGGUUCUCCAAAACGACGGAGAAAGAUACUCCAGAUGAAUCCAAAAUGUUGAAAUUCAUUGACCAAAAUAUGACCCAAGAACUUGACAGCGAAGCUCUGACAAAAACCAAGCAAUUAGAAGACAUGAGCAAGAGCAAAUGCGAGGAAGAGUCCAAUAAGGAGGCAGAAAAUGUCAAAGCUCCGCAGGACACAAAGCUUAAAUGUGAAACGGAUUCAAGAAUGGAAAAAAAAUCCAAAACAAUGGGGAAAGCUGCUGAUAAUGGAUCCAAAACUACAAAAUCCAGUGCUCUAAAGGCGACCGAAGAGUUUGCCUGCAAAACACCAGUGGAAAGGGAACAAUCGGAAGACACAAGCACAGCGGCUAAAGGCAAAAACGAGGAACACGAGUCCAAGAGUCCGCCAGACACCAAGCUUAAAUGUCAAAAGAAUUCCAAAACGGAAGAACCUUUCCAAGGCAAUGCGACGGAGGAGAAAGACACUCAUGGUGAAUCCAAAACAGCCAAACCUAUUUACCAAAAGGCGACAGAAGAGAGUGGCGUAAAAACUCGGGCAGACACCGAACGAUCAGAAGACAAAAGCACGGAAGAUGGGUCUAAGAAAGAGGCGAAAACCGUUGACCGAGCUCAGACAGACACGAAGCGUAAAUGUGAAGCAAGCGAAAACGAUUCCACAACGGAUAAACUUCAUCCAAAAGAUGUUCCUGAAAACAAUGUAACAUUGAAUCCGAAACCCAGUGAUCAAAAGGCGAUAGAAGGACGUGACGAAAAGGUUUUGGCGGGAACUGGGCAAUCAGAACACAAAAGCGAGGCGGCUAAAAGGGAAAAAGAGGAAGAUGAGUCCAAGAAUCUGCUAGACGCAAAGCUUGAAUGUCAAAGUGAAAAGGAUUCCACAACGGAUAAACUAAUUCCAAAGGACGCUCCUAAAGAAGCCGAAUCCAAAACGCCAAAACCCUACGACCAAACUGCCACCGCAGAACACGACGGCAAAGAAGCCGUCACUGAACAGGCCACGAAAAGCAAAAGCGAGGAAGAAGAGUCGAAGCAACAGGCCGAAAAGGGCAGCGAAGCUCAGUUGGAGAAAAUGGACGCCCGGCGGAGAGUCAAGACAGUGGCCCACCGGCGUAGAGCAAAACUUCAGCAGGAGGAGAAGCAGGGCGACUCUGAGUCCGACACAAACGUGGGCGGCAGAUCCUUGAGACGAUCGCCCAGGAUAUCCAGACCUAUGCAAAAGGCAGUGGAGGUCCACGACAAGAAGGUGGACAAGCCUCAGGAGAAAGAGGAAGAGGUCAAGGUUCUUGUAAGGAAGCCCAGAGAGAAGAAGGUCGAUCAGGAUGGUCAGGACAAACCAAAGGGGAGAAAGCGGCGGAAGACACGGUGGUCCAACAUGCGCGCCCGCCACAAAAGGAAAGGCUCCGAGGAUGACGACGACAGCGAAGAGGAGUCCAGCGAGGACGAGGAGAGCGAGGAGGAAGAGGACGACAGCGACGAGGACUACAAGGUGGAGCGAGAACGGAAGAAGCGCCGACGCAACCAGGAGCGGCGCAGCUCCAACUCGUCCACGUCCUCGGACGACGACCUGCCGCCCAACGAUGACCCCUGCAAACACUGCGGCCUUCCCAACCACCCAGAACUGAUCUUGCUGUGCGAUUCGUGCGACAGCGGCUACCACACGGCCUGCCUUAGGCCGCCCCUCAUGAUCAUCCCUGACGGAGAGUGGUUCUGCCCGCCCUGUCAACAUAAAAAGCUGUGUGACAAACUGGAAGGGCAGCUGCUAAACCUGGACGCCGCCUUGAAGAAGAAACAUCGGGCGGAGAGAAGGAAAGAGCGUCUCAUUUAUGUCGGAAUCAGCGUGGAAAACAUCAUCACGCCCUCGGUUGAGUUGGAGGAGGAGAAGCCGGAGGUGAUCGUCAAGCAGAAGAAGGAGGCCAAGCGCAGUAAGAGCUGGGGCCGACGUUCCACCAGGACCAAGAAGAACAUCAGCUACAGAUUCGACGAGUUUGACGAGGCCAUCGAGGAGGCCAUCGAGGAGGAUGUCAAAGAAGCCGAGGGUGGAGGAGCCGGUCGCGGUAAAGACAUGGCCAACAUCACGGGGAGCCGGGGGAAGGACAUGGCCACCAUCAUCCAGUCGGAGGAGGGCAAGGAGAACGGGCGACCGCCUCGGCCCAACGCCGGCCAGCGCAAGAAGAAGCGGCGGCGCCUCAACGACCUGGACAGCGACAGCACCGUGGACGACGACGAGAGCGAGGACGAGUUUCUCCUCAGCGAAAGCUCCGAGGAAGACUUUGCGGUGUCCGACAACGAGACGGCGGUCGAGACGGACGCGGAUUCCAACGGAAGCGACGGCGGCAGCAGCGGCAAACGGCGCUCGCCCAAUUCCCGCAGCAAGAACUCGGCAAAGCGGCGACGCAGUUCCCGAAAGCGACGGAGACCCAAAGGCUACUCGGACGACGAGGAAGUAGAGACGGACGAUGACGACGACGAGGAAAUCGGUCGAAGCCAAGGUUCCAGCGAAUACAGCGACAGCGACCUGGAUGUGAGCCGGCGGCGCUCGCGGCGAAGUCACAAGGCUCAGGUCAACUACUGUGAGACGUCCGAGUCGGAAGGAUCCCAGGCUGGAAUCAAACCGGAGAAAACGAAAUCGAGACGACGCCUGGACAGCUCAGAGAGCGAAGGGAGCUUCUCCAGAGAUUCCGAGGACGGUUCCAGGGACCAGCGGUCCAAACGGCGAGUCUACUCCUCUGAAGAAAACGGAGAAAAGGAGGAGUUGAGGCAACGUCGUCGUCAUCUGGCCCUGAAACGCCGGAGAGCGUCGGAAGAGGAAGAAGACUCGGACGAUGACUCGGACGAAUCCUCCGAAGAGGACCGGCCUGUCCGUAAACGGGUCAACCGCAUUGACUCUGAUGAUGAUGACGAAGAGGAGAAACCAAAGGAGGCGAAGGCCACCGAGGACAAGACAGACGAGGAGAAGAAAGUUCUGGAAGAGAAGAAGGCUUUUGACGAGAAGCCCACUGAGGAGGCGAAGGCAACUAAUCAAUCGGACUGCAACAAUGGACAGACCACCAAGGAGGAGGAAGACGAAGACGACCUGCUGGGCGUCACGGAUCUCGUGGACUACGUCUGCAAUAACGAACAAUUGUAAAAAAAAACAAAAAAAAAAAAAAACUGGUGUAUGAUUUCAUUUUUUGUGCUAUUGUAUUUUUAUAUUCCUGUUAUUUUUGUGAUUAUUAUACCCUGUGCUCAUCGUGUAAAAACAAGUCCCGCUCACCUGUUCUCCACAUGGUCCCACGCCUCUUGUUUUCAAGUGAUCAUUCUGCAGGGGAAAGGUGGGAGGGAAAAAAAACACUAUUCCCUAGUUUUUAUAUGCUAAUAUUAAAAAGGUCUCAUGCAUAUGUGCAGGUGUGAAUGUAUACGUGCUCUUAUAAAAUGAUAGACUAGAUUUUUUUGUAUAUUGUACACAAAAAGUCAUUUUAACUGCCAUCUGUUUGCGAUUUCUUUUUUUUUUUUUUUUUUUACAUUUUUGGAGAAAAAUAAUCCCAAUGAUGUUAGUCAUCUUUUUUUAGUGU